AUGCCCACUCACUCCUGCCCUUGCCCUCCUUCCUUUCCCCCCUCCCAGCCCCUCCCUGCCCUGCCCACCGGUUACCAGAAGGAGGGCAUGAGGACGAGCGUGGAGGGGAUUGUCUUGAAGGAGGGCAUGAGAACAAGCGUGGAGGGGAUUAUAUUAGUCCACCAUCACAACCACCCGCACAUCCUGCUGCUGCAGAUCGGAAAUUCUUUUUUCAAGCUGCCCGGAGGGAGAUUGAAACCGGGGGAGGAUGAGGUGGAGGGGCUGAAGCGCAAGCUCACCAGCAAGCUGGGUCCGUCCGUGUCCAUUCUGCCCGUGCCUGACUGGCAGGUGGGCGAGUGCUCUGCUGUCUGGUGGCGACCCAACUUCGAGACGCUCAUGUACCCCUACUGCCCUCCGCACAUCACAAAACCCAAGGAGAUGAAGAAGCUCUUUGUAGUUCCUCUAACAGAGCGCCAGUACUUUGGAGUUCCCAAGAAUCUCAAGCUGCUGGCGGUGCCACUACUGGAGCUGAAUCACUACACUUCAUAG